CGCGCGUGUGUUGCGCAACAGAGUUGCCUAAGUGAUGUAUGUCGCCUCCCUGCAGCCGACUAAAUUAGAUCCGACUGAGAACAGUUGUGGAAUGGCCUCUGAACGGGAUGAUUCCAACUCAACCAGAAAUCCGACCAACCAGUUUGUGCAGCCGGCGUGGCGCAUCGUGCUGUGGUCGGCGGCUUACAGCACGGUGCUGGCUGUGGCAGUUUUCGGAAACUUGAUUGUGAUUUGGAUUAUUCUGGCGCACAAGCGAAUGAGAACUGUCACCAACUAUUUCCUGCUGAACUUGGCUUUCUCCGAUGUUUCGAUGGCUGCGUUCAACACGCUCAUCAACUUCAUCUACGCGGCUCACGGAGAGUGGUACUUCGGAGAGAUCUACUGCAGGUUUCACAACUUCUUCCCGGUCACCGCCGUGUUCGCCAGCAUCUACUCAAUGACCGCCAUAGCCAUCGACAGGUACAUGGCCAUCAUCCAUCCCCUGAAGCCUCGUCUGUCGGCAAAAGCCACUAUGGGAGUUAUCGUCUGUAUCUGGAGUCUGGCCGUGGUUCUGGCCUUCCCUCUAUGCUACUUCUCCACCACCCGAGCUCUCCCCCGCAGGACCCUCUGCUACGUGGCCUGGCCUCGCAUGGCUGACGACCCCUUUAUGUAUCAUACCAUAGUGACAGUUCUGGUGUACGUGCUGCCCUUAGUGGUGAUGGGCAUCACUUACACUAUUGUGGGGGUGACUCUGUGGGGAGGGGAGAUCCCAGGAGACUCAUCUGAUAACUACCAUGGACAGCUCAGGGCUAAAAGGAAGGUGGUUAAGAUGAUGAUCAUCGUAGUGGUGACCUUUGCCCUCUGCUGGCUCCCCUAUCACGUCUACUUCAUUGCAACAGGUCUCAACAAAGGUCUGGUUAAGUGGAAGUACAUCCAGCAGGUUUACCUGUCAGUGCUGUGGCUGGCAAUGAGCUCCACCAUGUACAACCCCAUCAUCUACUGCUGCCUCAACAGCAGGUUCCGGGCCGGCUUCAAGCGGGUUUUUCGCUGCUGUCCCUUUGUACGGGUCUCAAGCUACGAUGACCUGGAGCUCCGAAACACUAGACUUCGACCGGGUCACCAGAGCAGCAUGUGCACCCUCUCUCGGGUCAACACCAGCAUCCUCAGCAAGAACAAGAGCACUUGUUCCCGUGGACGCAGGUCAAGACUUAACUCUGAGCCCAUUAAUAAAGACAGUUAGUUGUCGCCACUGGACACAGUCCAGCUCACUAGGUUUAUUUGACACAUUAUUUCGGGCUGACAAAUGCCUAUUGGACUGUUUUUUGUUUACUUAUAUAGCUGAUAAUGGAAAUUUACGUUGAUGGAUUAGUGUUGAUUUUUACAAUAGACCAGAGAUUUUACAGUUGCUAUCUAUCUAUCUAUCUAUCUAUCUAUCUAUCUAUCUAUCUAUCUAUCUAUCUAUCUAUCUAUCUAUCUAUUUUGAGCUGAUUUUGACAUUUUAUUACAUUUGUUGGAUGUUACGCUGUGUGUGCUAUAAUAUUACGUGUUAGUAUAUGCAUUUGCUCUUCUCAUUCUAGACCUAUAUUUAAUGCCAUCAGACUCAGAAGGAUUUUAUCAACAAUAACUGCAGGAUCAUAUCAAUGCCGCUGUUAAAUAUAUUUUAAUGACACUGAUAUUAAGCGAGCCUGGUUGGGUGUAAUUUCACAAGUGCUUUACUGCUGUAAUUUAUGUUAGUUGGAGAAAGCAUGUGCCAUUUUAAAACAAUUUGUUUAGGACUGAUCUCAGAGUUCCUGUUUACCGUAAGUAUUAUUCAUUUUGUAUACAAUUUGUGUAUGUACAGUAUGUGCUUGUAAUAUUUGUUUGGUGCAGACUCAUACACACAUGGACAAAUGAUAUCCUUUACAAUGAAUUUGUGUUUUAUUGUUACAUAAUGAUGUAGUUUAACUGUGUAAAUGUAAAACCAUUUGAAUUCACUGAACUUGAGAAAACAAGUUUAAGAAACUUUAGAUAUUAAGUUAAAUCAAUACCUGUAUAGCUACACGUAUGUAUACCCUUUACAGAUUAAAGAGUUCUUAACUCA